UAUAUAUGCCAAACGACGUAGAAGCAAACUGAAAGUUAAAAACUUUAUCAUGGGCAUAUUUUGAAAACAAAAUAUUUAAUUAGUACUGAAAGUCAUUGUCAUAAUUACCUUUGUGUUCUCAGUUGAAUAGGUGUGUAAUUUCAUUCUUCGUAAAGUAACGGAACAAGAUUUUCUAAAAAUAAUAUUUAUAAAGAUAUUAAAUGCGCACAAUAUUCAGUGUGGACAUUGCGAUAUGGAAUUUUAACACACAAAGGUCAAGAACAAGGAAGUGUGUAUUCACAAAAGAUAUACUAAAACAUAGAAGUCAUGUGUAACCAAAAGGUCAGCAAAGUUGUACUUGUCAUCAUCAACAUAUUAUUUAUUCUGCUUGGCUUAGGACUGUUGAUUCCAGGCAUACUGGUUGUUCUAAACGAAGAUGUCAUUAAUGAUGAUGUGUUGCCAGCAUUAAAAAGUGUCAGUUUUGGUGUGACAAAUCUUGGUGACAUGGCUAAAGGCUUGUCUAUAACAUUGAUUGUACUGGGUUCCUUUGUCCUGGUUCUCUCACUGAUUGGUGCGAUCGGGGCGUGCUGUAAAAUCAGAUGUCUCCUGAUUAUUUACAUAAUCAUAGUACUGAUUCUGGCUAUUGGAAAGUUUGUUAUUGUUAUUCUGUGGAUUAUUUUUAACUCUGAUAUUGAAAGCAAACUGAAAACAGAGAUGAAAUCUGCACUUCUAAAAUUUACAACAGACGAUCUGACUACUCACGAACUAUCAUCAGGAUGGAACUAUCUAAACAUGAAUCUUGAGUGUUGUGGUAUUGAUGCUGUUACUGGUACAGGAGUUAACAAAAAUAAUUAUCAUAACUCUGUAUGGUACCAGGGAUCAGGAACUACAGAGCUUCCCGUAUCUUGUUGUCCUUCGGCUACAUCAUCUUCAUACACCAGUACAUGCUCAUUUACUAAGAACAACGACCCAACUGGACACCAUUCAAAGGGUUGUUAUGAUGCUGUCAAAGAUUUCGCAACAAAGUAUUCAGUUGCCUUCAUUUGUAUUGGGGUCUUUAUCGUGUUGACAGAGAUUGCUGCUGUUAUUUUUGCAUGCUCGUUGUGUAAAAAGAGUAAGACGGGUACAGUUGUUUAGAUAAAAGUUGUGUGUAUUUUGUUCUAUUUUGUUUUAUCAUGUAUAUAUCUUAAAAUGUGAUGUAUAUUUUAUUUUAUAUUUAUCAUUGUUUGAUUACAUUUUGAUUUCAUAGUAUGGUUAAAAUUACUGUAUAUUUAAGUAUUACCUGUUCUUGUGGAACAAGAUUUUUUUCUGUUUCUCAAAUAUAAAGAUAUUUACUGUUUAAAAAAUUAAGAAUCUGACUCACAAACAAUCUCAAACUUUUUUUCUUCUUCUGAAUUUGGUAGCAAUUGCAUGGCAAAAUCUCAUAUCAAGAUGUAAUUGUUGUAGUUUUUGAAGACCAUUGAAAGAUACAAAUUGGCUUGCAAUGAUAGUUUUGAUGCAUGUAAUUCAGAAACAAUGAAUAUUGUAUUUCCAAUUACAAAAAGACUUCUCUAUAAUUUACAAUGUGUAUCGACCAAUUGAGUUUUGCUUUGUAGUUGUUCAAUAAAGUUCAUUUAUGUCACCGAC